AUGAAUCCAAGUGCGAAAGUUCCCGAAGAUCGUGAUGUCGAGAUUACAAUCGUCGAUAUCCUGGACUAUGUUGGAGACUCGGUACGCCCCAUAAAGGAAGGGUUUGCGGUAUUUGACGCAAAUCAUAUAAUUUGUUUGGGCUACCGCACUACAAAUACAAGCAGUGUGCAUAUCACAGCGUAUGUUACCCAAAGCUCCCAUCCGGGCCAUUCGCCCCAUCAAGUGAACCUAGACCUGGGACCUGGACCUGGAUCUGUAUCCGAAUGGAUACUAAAUUGCACGUGCAAAGCAGGUACAGCAAAAUGUAAACACAUUAUUGCCUGUCUGCUUUACAUUGAAAAGCACAAACGGGUCGAGUUCCUAUCGUGUACUGAUGUUUCCCAAGCAUGGGGUAUGUCAAAAGCCCACAAAACUGCAGCCUGGGGAGCGAAGCGCGUCAAAGACAUGUGCUGUGUACUGACCCCAAAAAAAAUCAAUGUAGAUGUAGAGGGCGGUUUGGAGGAAGAAAGGAUAAUCUCCGAAUCAUUCGACCGGAUUCUUGCAGUUGCAAAAACCUCUGCUGUCUUCAAGCACAUCAACGGACGGCACCUAAACGAAAUUAGAAUACAUCCCAACCGAGCUGAACAGUCCGCCUGCAACUCGACUAGCAAGGCAGAUGUGUUCUGCACCAAAAAUGACAUUAUUGAGUGCUUGACUCGUGGCCAAAACCAAAUCGAAAUGAUUUGUUAUACUUUUCAAAGUGACAAAGAGCGGGAUUACUAUAACCGUCAUAUUGCAACCGACAUAAAUCGAUCUGCAGAAAUAGCUUUGGCGACCAAAGAACAAAAUUCGAAUGAAUGGAUGUAUCAAAGAUCUACUCGCAUAACAGCAAGUUCGUGCUAUAAACUCUUUACAUAUUUAAACAACAAGAAGCCAGACUGGGCGAAAAAGAUAAACAGUUAUUGGAAUACGAAGCCGUUAAAGGUAAGGGCGGUGAAGUAUGGGAAAGACGCUGAAAACUUAGCGUUUGAGUGCUACAAGGAAAUGCGUAACCCAUUAAUGAAAAAAUGUGGAUUGGUAGUUCAUCCCACUGAAUCAUGGAUAGCCGGUUCCCCAGAUGGCGUAGAUCCAUUGACUGGAACACUGCUGGAAAUUAAAUGUCCAGUGGGUGUCGACGCAGCGUUGGCGGACAUAUUACAAGCGCAAAACGUAAAGCGCUAUUUGAAAACAAACGAUACCGCUCAGUCUUAUGAAUUGAAUUGCCAUCACGAGUAUUAUUGUCAGGUACAGAUUAAUUUAUGGAUUAUGAAUUGUACUGUAUGCGAUUUUGUCAUUUAUUCUCAAAAAGAUAACGAUUUCAUAGUAGUCGAAGUACCCUACAACCCAGAAUAUGUAGGCAAAAUCGUCAGCAACCUAAAGAGACUAUACCUAGAUAGAAUGCUUCCUACAUUAAUCAAAUAAUGUUUGUCAAAAGCGGCCGAUAAUAUUGUAAUAAUAACCGUGAAUAAAUCCAGUUUUUUUUAUCGAUACUACAUGUCUUUUUUUACGAUUUUCUAUCUUUAUAUCUGCUGCGUCUUUGAGACCGCCAUACGUCUGUCAUAGGAAACAAACACACUACUUAUAUUCGAAUGAGUGUAAUCAGUUUCGUGCUUUUUAAUUCCGCCCUAAUUGCUUAUCCUUUGACAGAUACGC